UGGGAAUCGAAUCCACAACCCUGGCGUUGCAAACGCCAUGCUCUACCAACUGAGCUACACGGGACUACGUAAGGAAGACAUCCUGCACAAAUGUAUAGUUUAGCUAUCGAGUUAGCUAGCAAGUUAGUUCUAUCAUAACGUGUAUACGGAUCAUCUGGAGUUUGAUUAGAUAGCUAGCAGGAGCUUUGUUAGCAAGUCGACCCGCUAACGACUGCUCGUGCUAGCCUGUUGCCUUUGCUAGCUACCAUCUAGCCACAUUUACCAAGUUAAAAUAGCUUUACCAUGUUUCACAAUAGCUCACAGAAAAAGUUCUGGACAUUCGACAAUGAAGAAAGUCUGAAACAACUGAGAUAUGAAGCCAACCAGAAAUAUUGCAACAAAAUGCUUACCAGUGGGAAGCCUGGGGUUAGUGACUCCUUGUUCCUGGAGGCUCACGAGGAGGAUGUCCUCUUCAGGCACUAUGAGAAGAGACUGCUUGACUUCUGUAAUGCUUUCAAGCCUGUGAUGCCCAAGUCUGUUGUGGGUACAGCCAUCAUGUAUUUCCGGAGAUUUUACCUGAACAACUCACUAAUGGAAUACCACCCCAGAACAAUCAUGCUGACCUGUGCAUACCUGUCCUGUAAGGUGGAUGAGUUUAACGUGUCCAGCACCCAGUUUGUGGGGAAUCUUGUGCAAGAGAGUGCGGCCGGACAGGAGAGGGCUCUGGAGCAGAUCUUGGAGUAUGAGCUCCUUCUCAUUCAGCAGCUCAACUUCCACCUGGUGGUACACACCCCUUACAGACCAAUGGAGGGCCUGCUUAUAGACCUCAAGACAAGGUAUCCUCUUCUGGACAACCCAGAGUCUCUGAGGAAGAGUGCUGAUGACUUCCUGACUCGGGCCACCCUGACAGACACUGGCCUGCAGUUUCCCCCGUCUCAGAUCGCCAUGACGGCCAUCCUGAACAGUGCGUCGCGGGCCGGCCUCAGCAUGGAGAGCUAUCUGACAGAAUGUUUGGGACUGAAGGAGGACAAAGAGACCCUCUCAAAGAUGUACGACGCGAUGAGACGGAUAAAAACUCUCAUGAAAAAGUAUGAACUUCCGAAACAAGAUGAGGUUAACGCUUACAAAAUGAAGCUGGAGAGGGUCCAUGCUGACUUUGGCACAAACUCCAACAUGAAAAGAAAAAGAGGAUCUGAGGAUGAUGAGCAUGUAGCGAAAGAGCCUCGGAUGACAGAAGAGGAGGAGUGGACUGAUGAAGAUCUGGAUGACCUAUGAAUGAUGACACAAACAUUGUUUUUUUCACCCAACCACUUUUGUCACUGAAGGACUGUCAGUAAUACUGGCCCUCUCAUGGCCUAUGGCCUCACAGAAGGUCUACCCAAUGUGUGCAAGACUCCACCAUUAGAGAGGAUUUAGAUAUUGUAUUAUCUUUGAUAUUUUUGAGGCCGUACAUUAUGCUUUUUCAAAGGUCUUGUCAUGUUUUCUGUAAAAAAAAAAAAAAAAAUCUACAUGUUUUAUUGUGUCAGGUUUGAAAUACAAAAUUUGUUUGAAUGACUUCAUCUCUUAUGAUGUAGUAAAAAUGUGUAUAUUCCAUGGGCAUAACAUCAAUAGGCUCUGUGAGCACAGUGCACUUGCCUAGAGCAUUAAGGGACUAACAUUCAAUACAUUUUUGAACAGUUAUGAUACAAGGCUGCUCUUAAAUCUCAAACCUGGGUUUCUAGGCCAUAACACAGAGCAAAGACAGUCCCGAAGGCACUUAAUCACAAAUGACCUGGGGAAGAAAGACUCCAUUAUCUACUUUACAAAACAACUGUUUAAUAAGUGCAUGCAUGUCUGAUACAAUCUGUACUAUUUAAAGAUUUACUGCUGUAAACAUUUUCAUUAACUAGUUAAAAACUUCUAUCUUGUCUGGCAUUGAGAAGUUAAGGAAGAAUGAACCAAAAAACAAUCAAUGUCAUACAAUUGGAAGAAAAUAAAAAAAGUUUGUCUGAACUAUA